CACCUGUUUCAGUGGGCGGAGCUACCACAGGUGACAACUCCAUAACAGAGGACAGAAGAGAGACCUCGACAGCAGACGCAGAGACAGUCGGACCGCAGACAGUCUCAGGAUGUCAAAGAAAAAGGAGCAGAGCCCUUCGAAGAUGUCACAGGCUGACAUGCUGGCUCUAAUCACUCGCUUACAGCAAAACGCAGAUCAGGUGGAGAAGAACAUCCUGCAGGCCGAGAAACUGCUCAAUGAGGACAAACUAAAUGAGCGGAAAAACUAUGCAUUCAAAAAUCAGCGUUCGGCCGCCGACAAUCUGGGUCAAGCUGAGGGUUUAUUGAAGGAUCUCUUCCUGGAUGUAGACAAAGCCAAGAGACUCAAGCACCCACAGGCCAAUGAAAUCGAGCUAGAUGUGAGUAAUCUUCAUGAUCGCUGGACUAAAUCCUGUGGGAUAUAUAGAGAUCUUUAUGGGCAGCUUCUUGAGCUCUCUUUAUCUCCUGGUGUGGACUUUAGCCAACUUAUGUCUGAAAAACAGAAAUCGAUUGUGGGAGAGCGUUACGGCCCGAAUCUCUCUGAUGUAGAGAAACAGAUCGCAGCCCAUAAUAUUCUGCAUAAGGAGAUUGAGGCGUAUCGCACGGCCAUAAAGUCCAGUGAUAAUCCAUCUGCCCUUCAAAAGCAGUAUGCAGGUCUGCAGGAAGCGUCUCAGAAGCGCAGUCAGUAUCUCUCAUCGCUCUAUGACUUCAUGCAGCGCUGUAAUAAAGAGACGCUCUUUCUUACUGAACAAGAGAAGAAGAUCAUGAGGAGAGACUGGAGCGAUCGGAUGAUUGACAGCGCUGAAGUGCGCAUGGAGUAUGAGAGAUUUAAGAACAACGGACUGUUGAGCCAUGAAAGGGAGGUGGACAAAAUCCUUCAGGAGGCUCAGACUCUCGUUAAGAAUGAUCACCCCGGAUCAGCUGCUAUUGGGUCCUGCGCUGAAAACAUCAAUGAUGAGUGGCAGCGUUUCAUGAAUCUGUGCUUGUGUCAGGAUACACACCUGGAGAAUGUAGAAAAAUACAAAAAGUAUCAACUGGAUGUGGAGACGUUCAAUGAGUCUCUGAAGAGAAUCAAAUCCACUACAGAACCAUCAGUACUGAGAAACAUGAGUAACACUGAGAUAUUACUGCAGCUGGAGGGUGAAGAGAGAGCCAUCGCCAGAAAUGAUCGGAGACUUAAUGACCUGAGAGAGUCCUGUAGCACCCUGGCUCCUAUACACCUCAGACGAAAUACGACCAAUAAACCUGUCAAUGUUAUUUCCCUGUGUGACUGGAAUACAGAGAAGGACUCUGUGAAAAGAGGUGACAAGUUCACACUGGCCUCUGAUCCUAGAGAGGAAAACUGGGAGGUGAAAACCAGCACUGGAAGGACCAAGACCAUGCCAGGAGUCUGUUUUCUCAUCCCUCCACCUGAUCCGGCUGCCAUCGACACGGUGGACAGUCUGAGCAGGGAUUUCUCCGAUCUCAAGAAGACGAGAUCUUCUCUGCAGUCUCAAGUGAAGACGUCAAAUGGGGACGUUGUGAGGACUGUGAGAACAACUUCUCUAUCAAAGGCUCCUGUAGAUUUAACGUCUGAUGCCACAAAUGGUGAGCUGGAUCGAAUCAACGGAGAUCUGUUGAAGCUCGAGAAAGACUUACAGAACCGAAUGAGACGUCCUUUGGACCGGUCUGACCCUGUUGGAGAUCUGUCUGCCAGAAUCAAGGAUCAUGAGAAGUUUGUUGUGAUUCUGAGAAACCUGGAGGCAGAGAAAUCCUCCAUUCAGAGAGACUUGCAGCCCCUGCUAUCCCAGAAGCCCCUGGGACCCAACGCUUCUACACAGCUUCAAAAACUCAACGUAGCCAACAACAAGAUCGAUGACCUCACAGCCCUCUGUGAUCUCUACAAUAAGAAGACAACAGCAGCCAUGUUUCUGGAGAAACAGACCAAGAAGGUGGACAACAUGAUCACAGGGUUUGAGGACAAACUCUCUGUUGAUGCUGUAAUUGUCGAUGAGCCCAAUAACCUCAACAGUCACUCCAAAAAACUCAAGGACAUGAUUAAAGAUGUCGACUCCAGAAAAGAGGAUAUUCAACAGCUGAACCGUGAGUUAGAAGUGACGGAGCAAGCCUGCAGCUCUCUACAGAAGAGCUUCCAGGAAUACUGCCCUGAUAUCCGCCAUCAGGAGUCAGAGGUCAAACGCCUGAGGAAUCGAUACGCCACCAUCACCAGUCAACUACAGCUGAGGACGGCUCUGUUGAAUGAAGCAGCCAAUAAGGAUCAGGAGUUUGAGGGUGCUGUUCACUCGCUCAACGCUUUCCUGAUCAAUAUGCCCAACAACAAGAUUCGGCCUGGCGAAAGCGUCUCACAGAUUCACACCAAGCUAAAAUCUCAGACGAGAGCAGUUGAAGACCUCAAGAGAAAGACGGAUGAAGUGAACCGGGUUGUAAAACUUUCUGACGAACUGCAGAAGAUUUUUAAUGAAUAUGAGGUAAAUGCCAACAGAUACCGCAGCACACUGGGAAAACCCAACAUAGAUGCAAAUGGAGCUGAAUUCAUCACCCUGGCUGAAUCUGUGCAGAAGAAGGAAAGAGAUGUUGUAAACCUUUAUUCUGAAGUGUCUGCAGAGCAAAAUCAACUUCUGAAUCAAGUGGUCUUGGCCAAAGAUCUCGUCAAUAAGAAUGAUGAAAUUGUGAGCCAGGUGGUGGUGAAACAGCAACUACAGCUGCAGAGUAACCAAAGAGACAUAGAUGAAGUUGACAGCCUGAAGCGAGAACUUUCUGAAGAGAUUGCUCGCCGUGCUCAUGCUGAGAAUGAUCUCAAAUCCUUCAGCAAACGGAUGAUUUCCCUCAAAAGUCGGAGAGGUGUAGAGCGAGUUGAGGAAAAGGAAACUGUGCAUUACUACCGUGAUCCGAAGCUGGAGCUUGAAAUUGAAGCACUUAGAAGGAAGAUCAAUGAAGAGAUCAGUAGGCGCUCUGCAUUUCACUCAGAAAUUGAGAUUGUGAACAGGAAAAUUGUCAGCCGUGAACAUGAGGUGGUUGAAAUAAAGCCCAAGCUAGUGCAGAAGGUUGUUACAGAGAUUGAGCGUGACCCCAAACUGGACAUAGAAGCAGCUAGGAUCAGAGAGAUGAUACUCAAAUUAAAGGAGGAAAUUCGUGUGCUGGAGAGUGAAUCUGUGCACAUUAGAACUGAGGUCACAGUCCUGGAGCAAAAGAGACCUUUGAUGAGAGAAAAGGUGGUAAUGAAGGAAGUCGUGAGGCUGGAAAAAGACCCGGAAAUGCUGAAGGCUGUAUUAACCUUUAAGAAUGAGAUUUCAGAUGAGAAUAUAAGGUGCAAGAACCUGAAUGAUGAAAUUUUCCAGGUUAGGAGUCAGAUCAAUAAUUUGGAAAGGAUUAUUCCUACCAUUCAGCCAAAAACUGUCAUCAAGGAGGUGAAGAAAGUUGAGCAGGAUGAAGAGCUCCUAAGAGAGUCCAGGAGUCUCCGUGUGAGCUUGGAAGAACUCAUUCAAGAGACCACUAUUAUGAUGAAAGAAUUCUCCAGCCUUCAGCUCCAAUUCAGCCACGUGGAGACGAUAAAGCAAAGAGUAGAGAUGAAGGAGAUUGUCCAUGAGACCUACAGAAUUGAUCCUGAGACAGAGAUGGAACUAAGACGUCUAAGAAAUGAGCUUAAUGAAAUAAGCAGAAGCCGUACUAGCAUAGAGAAUGAGAUCAACUUGAUUAUGGUGGAUCUCAAGACUCUGCGCUCUCAAAAGCCCAAGGUUGAGCUGAAGGAGGUUACUCAAGAGAUUGUCAAAGAAGAGAGGAGCCCUGAGGUUGUCAAGGAAAUUAGAAGGCUGAAUGAACAACUUAAAAUUUUGCGAUCCAACUAUGACACAAUUUCGACUCGGAUCACUCGUCUGCGCAAGGAUAGGGAUGAAUGGAAGGCUGAAAGGUCAAAAGUAGAGACACAAGUUGUGACCAAAGAACUGAUAAAGUAUGAAAAUGAUCCACUUCUGGAGAAGACUGAACGGUUUAGAAGGGAAUUGCGGGAAGAAAUUCAGCUGCGUAAAUCGGUGGAGGAAUAUGUGUUUGAGCUACAAAGCAAGUACAUCGUGCUGGAAAGACAGAAACCAGAGGAAAGGGUUGUGGUCCACGAAGUAGUGCGCCUCCAGACAGAUCCAACCCAGAUUAUGACUCAUGAGAGAUUAACCAAGAAUUUGGAAGAGCUGAUCAAGACUCGUAGGCAGCUGGAUCUGGAUGUGCAGCAACAGAGAUCCCUGGUCAUUGAACUGCAGAAAAGGCUUGAUGUUGUUGAUCACCAGAAAAAGGUCCUAAUAGAGACGGAGUUAAGACAAAUCAAAGCUAGAAUCUAUGAGCUGGAGACUUGUCCAAAGCCUAUAGAGGAAAAGAUUGUUAUUGAGGAGAUUCUGAAAGUUGAGAGAGACCCCAGCGUAGACAAACUUAUCCUUGAUCUCCGCACUGAGAUGGAAAAUGAACGCAACAGAGUUACCCUCAUGGAGAAAGAUAUUCGAAACCUUACAAUAAGGAUACAGACCCUGACCAAAGAGAAAUCUGUGGAGAAAAUUGUCCACAAAGAAAUCAUCAGAGUGGAGAAGGACCAAACGGUAGAAGCAGAAAGAGAACGUCUCCGAGAACAAGUUGCCCAGGUGGUUAAUGCCAGAUGCCUUAAAGAAGAAGAAAUAAAGCGAAUCAACACCAAAAUAACUAGAAUUCAGACAACCAGAACAACUUUUUCUCAGGAAGAGUCCAGCUUAACUCUACAAAGGGAUAGACUUAAUAGAGAGAAGGAGGAUCUUCUUCGGGAGUUAAGAAGACUGGAGUCUCAACAGCAGGAAAUCUCCAUUACUUUCCAGCACCAAUCUAAAGUCUUGAGUGAGAGAACCCAAAUCGUCAGGCAAAAAAGCAUAAAGUUGGAGUCAGAGAUCCAACGGCUGGAAAGAGAAAUCCUGGAGGAGAAAGAAAGAAUCAACCAACGGGAAAUCACCAUCAUGAAUUUGCAGAAAGAAGCAAAGACGGUGCAGACUUCAGAAACAAACACCCGAGAGACCAAUGUCUCCACCAAAAUUACCAUUCUCGACCCAGAGACUGGAAAAGACAUGUCACCCUACGAUGCUUUUCUCGAGGGUCUGAUCGAUCGCAAUCAGUACAUUCACCUUCAAGAGCUCGAAUGCAGUUGGGAGGAAAUCACAACGUCUGGUACUGACGGCGAGACCACUAUUCUGCAGGAUCGUAAAAGCGGAAAGCAGUACUCUGUUAAGUCAGCCCUGCAGAGUGGGCGAUUGACCCAGUAUGACGUUCAGCGCUACAAAGAGGGUAAAAUGUCCAUUUCAGAGUUUGCUCUUCUGGUUGCAGGGGAGACAAAGUCAAAGUCUUUCCCUGUUUCGAGUAAAACGACAACAACUGUACAGUCUCUUCCUCCGUCAAGCCCUAGCUACAACACCAGCACUACAACACGUCGCACGUCCUAUUCCAGCAGCAGCAACUUGAACACAGUGGUGAACACCAGCACCGAUGAACACUUUCCGAUUUCUGGAAUUCUAGACACCACCACAGACAGCCGCGUAUCUGUAAGAAGUGCCUUGACGCGCAAAUUGAUCGACGCAGAUACGGCAUUGAGGCUUCUGGAAGCUCAGGCAGCCACGGGGGGCAUUGUGGACCUGAACAAGAGGGACAAGCUCUCUGUUCACAAGGCAGCAGAGCGUGGAUUUAUUGACACGAGCCAACUUCACAAGCUCCUCAGUGCUCAAAAAGCCUUUACUGGUUUUGAAGAUCCCGUGUCAAAGCAGCGAAUGUCAGUUGGAGAGGCGGCCCGCAGGGGUUUUAUACCCAAUGAAAGUGCCGUGUGGUUUAUGCAGGCGCAGAUAGUGACCGGUGGCCUUGUAGACCCUAACAGAGCAGGUCGGGUCAGCCUGCAGGAUGCGAUUGAUGCAAAAUUGGUUGAUGCUACAUUGGCCAAGCAACUUAAGGAUGAAUCCAGCUUUGAAAAGAAUGUGAUCGAUCCCAUCAAGAAGGACAAGAUCACCUACAAGGAGGCUAUGGCUCGAUGCAAGAAGGAUCCAAUGACAGGGCUCCCUAUGCUCGCAGCUGCCUCUACUGAUGAAACGGAUGCUCCUUCUUACUCCAACUACAAAUUCUCCAGAAGAUAAAGGCAGAAGCUCUUGAUAUCACAAUGAUGACAACAUCUUUAUAUGUUGAAUUGUAUGGGACUUUUCAGUGUAGGUCUUCUUUUAUACCCAUAUACUCUGCUGUGAAUGGAUAUCAUUUAAUGGGGUGUUCAUUAUUUUUUGUCUUUAUAUUAAAGUUCACUAAAUAUUUCUGAUUUUGAUGAUGCAAAAUUGGGUGAAAUUGCUUUUUGAACUUAAUGGUAAUAAUAAAUAUACUUAAAUCAUAUCUUAUACAAAGUGACAUGCCUGUAAUAUCUGUGUGCUCUGGUGUUAGUUAUUAAGCUAUUUUUUUAUUCAUAAUAAAUGGUUUAUCAAUACACUGUUUUAUUAGUAACCUGCAUAGCAUAAAUUUUUUCACUUUCUUUUGAUAAUAAUCAUCAGAAUUUUAACGUAUGGAGAUAAUAAAUACACACACAUAAAUAAUGUUUACAUGUUUUAUUAAUAUCAUUGUUCUUUGUUAUUUUAUUAAAAACGUAUGACCCUGGGAAAAAAUAGAAUAUGUUUAUUUACAUAUCUCGAAGUAUACACACGGCUAUUACGGAAAUACCAGCAGCACUUAUAGGUAAAUGUAAAAAAAAUUAUAA